CCUGUCCGCUCCCCUCUCUCCUUUCCUAGUGCUGGUCUGGAAGUCGAGCUGUCCGAUGAUUCCUUCCCCCCGGAAGAUUUCGGGAUUGUCUCCGGAAUGUUGAACGUGAAAUGGGACCGGAUUGCUCCGGCCAGCAAUGUGUCUCACACCGUGGUGCUGAGGCCACUGAAGGCAGGCUACUUCAACUUCACCUCCGCCACCAUCACCUACCUGGCGCAGGAGGGAGGCCAGGUCGUGGUGGGGUACACCAGCGCACCAGGACAGGGUGGGAUCCUGGCUCAGAGGGAGUUUGACAGGAGAUUCUCUCCUCACUAUCUUGAUUGGGCUGCCUUUGGGGUCAUGACCCUGCCUUCCAUCGGGAUCCCCCUCCUUCUCUGGUACUCUAGCAAGAGGAAGUACGACACCCCCAAAACCAAGAAGAACUGAGCCCCAGACCCCCCUCCCAUCCAAGCAUCCAAGCCAAA